AUGACGCUCCGCAACGCGUCAGGCAAGUUCAGCUUGCCCACCUUCGGGCGCAGCAAGCACAAUCAACACCACGACUCCGCACCGGCUCAGUCCCGCGUCUCCUCUAGCACCUACAACUCUGGCCCUCCCCAGACAUUGACUAGCGGCGAGUCUGAACCAUCCUCACCCCGAGCACCCGAGUCCAUGAUGAGUGGAAGCACAGGUGGUGGCAUGGGCUUGGGCGGUGCGGGCGGUGCGGGCGGCGGCGGCCCGUCCGCAUUUGAUGGUAUCGGGCGCAAGCUCGGCAAGAGCAUAGCUCACACGAGUCUGCUCCCAUCUUUGGGCAACCAGGACCUUCGGGCGCUGCAGGACGUUAUCACGUCCGAGAAGGCCAUGAUGGUGACAUGCGACAGGCUCGCCACUGAGACGGGUACCGCGGCCACCAAGCUGCCUCUGUACGGCCAGGCCGAGGGUCCGGAUCUGCAAGACGUGCUGAGCCACUCUUCCACUCUGCUGAACCAGCUGUCGGCUGCGUUCCGUGCGUUCGCCAGCCACGAAGCGAGCAUGCGCGUGUGCUUCAAGAAGGUCCGCGCGCGCGAGGAAGCACUCGACGAGAUGCGCCGCAGACGCCGCACUACAGGCACCAAGGCCGAGGCGGCUGAGCGCAAGCUCGCCAAAAUGGGGCCCGAGAAUAAGCAGCUCCCCGCUCAGACUGAUCUCCUCGAGAGACUCCGCCAGGAGAUGCGUCAGAUGGACGCCGACAUUGUGCAUGAGGAGACCAAGCUUGGCGACUUCAAGCGACAGACUGUCAAGGAGGCCAUGUCGUACAAGUUCGGUGGCCUCGAGGAGCUGGGCGAGAAGAUGUGCAUUAUCGGCGAGCUUGGCAAGCUCCUUCUUGAGGAGAUCCCUCUGGAGGAGACCCCUCCGGGCUAUGACCGCGCCCCGUACAACGGGUACGAGAGAACCGAGAGCACAACAAAGGAGGCGAUCAAAUGCCUUGCAACUGUGCAGUUCCAUGCUGCGUCGGCUGCGCCCAAGCCGCCCGGGCUACCGGUAAUGUCGGACUCUGGUUCGCUGCGCGCGCCCACAUUCGGGCGGCAUGACUCUGGGCCGCGACCCAAUACGCUGCACACUGUGGCGGACCAUGAGGCGUACGGCGACUACCCAGCCGAGCGGGAGCGCAAGGCGAGUGGCCUGCGCGAGUCGAUGCCUCCGCAGCUUCCCGCCAUUGGCGAGACGUCGUACGACACUAGAAGCACAUACAGCGAGUUUGGGGCGACGCGCCCAAUCUCCAAUGUGGGCUCGAACACCGCGGGCUCGAACGCCCCCACGCCCCAGGGCACUGUCUUGUGGAAGGGUGGUGACUCGCCCGAGCUCGAGACGCACGACUAUGAGUGGCAGCAGCAGAAGGAGAUGGAUGCUGCCCGGGCGAGGGAGCAGGCCGCGCCCUCCGCGGUCCCUUCCUCUGAUAUCAUGACGCCGCGGGAGAACGCAAGAACGCUUGACGAGGUGGACGCCGGGAGCGACCACGGCACCGAGUUGGCACACGCUCAGCCCGCGUGGCAGCCCCUCAAGACCAACUCUUCGGAGAACAAGCGCGGAUCGUUGCAGCACGAAGGGCCAAAGUACCAGCUGCACGACGGGCCAAAGUAUCAGUUGCACGACGGACCUGGGUACACGCUCCCAGCGAUCGGCCAUGAGCCGUUCAGCUCCGAAUUCCUCUCGACUGGCGAGGAGAACCGCGACAAUAGGCCUGGGUCGAAUAACUCUGGCUACUACUCCGCCGAGACAGCUUUGCCACCACCUCCAGGAAUGCGCCAGUCCGAGGACGGCGAGUUCUCGACGCCUCUCUCAAGCCCACCGCCCCUCAACGCCUCGUCUCCACCCCCGCCGCACCUCUCCGCACCAAGCGCUUAUGACGGUAUCGCCCACCCAGACGAGGACACGAGCCCAGCACUGGCAUACGCCGCCAAGCUGCCCUCUGCCUCCCCGCCGUCCAAGUACGACUACUCGGACGAGCCGGCGGAGGUGGGCGAGCGCUCUGCCCCUGUGCAGCAGCGCCCAUUGGCACAGUACAUCCCUUCCGUGCCACCGCCCGCGCCCUCCGAUCUCGAUAGACACGACCACCCUGCCAGUGUCCGCGAGUCUUACACGAGCCAGUACCCACGCGACCCGCGCGACUCGUUUGCGCCGAGUUUCAUGACCCGCGAUAGCAUGCCGCCGGGGGCAUUCAGUGUCCGCGACACGUACGCUCGUACCAGUAAUGGUAGCAUCGGGGACGUGAACGAGGCGAGCGUCGUCAACAUUCCCGCCCAAAGUACGCCGUUCACAGUUCAGGUGCCGCAGUCUGCGGCGGGGGUCAUGAGCGCCGCCGCAUUCAGACGCGCCGCCAAGCCCCGGCACUCGGGGGUGGACUUUGACACGCCGACAACGCCGACGGGCGCCCGACGCCUGCCCCAGCCCCCGACACAGGCCCCGACGCAAGUGCCUGGGGUGCCGUCCAGCCCAAGCCCGAGAAGCUCAAUGGAAGAUCGCCGCUCACCCGCCCCGCCAUACGACGACGGUGGUCUGCGGUAGGAAGACGCCACAUUCAGUAAAACAU